AGUAUGAGCAGAAGUCCAGAGAGAAUGUCUUCCUACCGGCGCCACUUCGAGGGCGCGCUGGCCUCCUCCUCCUCCUGCCACAUCCGGGUGUCCAGCCCGUCUCCAGUGCGCCGCGAGACUCGCCGCUCCGCGAGCUACGGCCGCGCGCGCACGAGUCGCCGGGCGCUGUCGGGCACGCGCAUUGCCAGUGUGAGUAUGGGUACUCUGUGUGUUGGUAUGGGUCAUGGAGGAGCACUGGACCUGGAAGCCGCCGCCGCUGCUAACCAGGCCUUCCUGAGCACACGCAACAUCGAGAGACAGGAGAUGAUCUCCCUCAAUGAUCGGCUUGCUGUGUACAUUGAGAAGGUUCGCUCUCUGGAGCAGCAGAACAAAAUGCUGGAGACAGAGAUCGAUGCUCUGAAGAGUCGCUUUGUGAAGCCAUCAGGUCUGCGCAUGAUGUAUGAGGACCAGUUGCGAGAGCUGAGGAGGGUUGCUGAUCAGAUGAAGGUCCAGAGGGACCUAGCCAUUGCUGCGAAGGAGGCCAUGGCAGGGCAGUUGGAGAUGGUAAAGGCCAAGUACGAUGAGGCCCUGGAAGCCAGGAAGAAAGCUGAGCUGGAGCUUGAAUCUUUCAAGCCGGAUGUUGAUGCAGCCACUGCUGCCCGUAUUGCUCUGGAGAAGCAACUAGAGAACCUAGAAGUGGAGAUGGAGUUCCUUCAGCGGAUUCACAAACAGGAAAUCGAAGAGUUGAUGGCUCAGAUUUAUGGAACAGUGGCUAAGGUCGAUGUGUCCUUCACUCUGCCUGACCUGGCCUCUGCCCUCAAGCAGAUCCAGUCCCAGUAUGACAGCAUUGCUGCACAAAACUUACAGGAAAUGGACGCCUGGUAUAAGUCAAAAUUUCAAGACCUAAAUUUAGCGUCAACACGGCAUGCAGAAUCCGUUCGAGGCCUCAGAGAGGAAAUCAAUGGCUUGAAGAAAGAAAUUCAGAAUAAGCAGCGAGAACUGAAUGCUCUCAAGACCAGGAAUGAAGCUUUGCAGGCACAGAUUCGUGAGGCUCAGGAGAGACAUAGGAAGGAGGAAGACGACUUACAGGCCCGCAUGGAGGCUCUGAAGCUGGACAUGAAGAUAGUGAAAGAGAAGAUAGCUCUGCUGCUGAGAGAGUACCAGGACCUCCUCAAUGUAAAGAUGGCUCUUGAGAUUGAAAUCACUACAUACAGGAAGCUGAUUGAGGGUGAGGAUAGCCGCCUGACAGCCAUGGUGCGUGGCUUGUCUCUGAUGAGCAGCAGCACGUUUGUCAGCACUGGACUUGUCAGUGCCUCCGGAGUUGGUCUCAGUGGAGCUCUGGGUGGGGUGACCAAUGGAGCAGCCGGUGGGGCAGUUAGUGGAACGGCCACAGCUUUGUCAAAGGUAGCAUCUUCCUCAACUGGCCGCCAGGGGACAAUGGAGGAGUUCACCCACGAGCAGGCCGUGGAGGUGACGGAGAGGAAAACUGUCCUUAUUAGAACAGUUAAGACAGAGGAGAACAAUGUUCAGAGUGACACACAGGAACGCACCAUCACCAUCUCCGGAGCAGCAGAUGAGACAGAGGAGUAGACGGAAACUGCAUAACCUUUCUCUACUGCAUAAAUCCAUAUCUUUACCAGAAUCCACUUUCUUCCUCCAUUCCACUAGCAGGCUUGAAACUAACAAACCUAGAACAUAGCAUAGCUUUAAUUAGUUAUAU